AUGCUAGUUUCGAAACAUUGGUCAGCGAACGCCGUUCGUUAUCUGUGGCUUCAACCUUUUCACUCGAACCUCAGCAAGACUGCCCAACAAUCCCUAAUAAACACGUAUCUCAAAUGUCUAACGAAUGAUCAACGCGAUGAGCUUAAAUUCAGUGGAAUUAAAUUCCCUCUCAGUAAAUUUCCGAAAACACAUCGUUCCACAACGUACGCAUACUCCGCUUUCCUAAAACACCUAAAUUUUUAUAAACUUGUCGCUUUCGUCGGUGCACGUGAACAAGAGUUGGAAGCGGACCAUUACGAUCAAAUGUCGAAAAUACGGGUGGUCUUACGUACUAUGCUACGAUUAUUUGUAGAGUACGGAGCAACUAUUCAAUCUUUGAUCAUUUCUACUCGCGUCGGUCCGUAUCCGGUACAAGACCACGAUGACGCUCUCGCUACACCCGAAGCUAAAACUUUACUGCGCAAUAUCAAAAAAUUAAAGAUUGAAGCCACAAAAUACAUGUUCGCUGAAAUAUUUGGAAGUUUGGCAACCAUCUCAUGCAAUGUGAGAGACUUGGAUAUUGAAUGGUCCGAUAUGUUCCGGUAUCAGAACGUAUCCGAAAUUAAAGCCAAUUGGAAUAAGCUCUUAUCGGCGCCUAAAAACUUGGACCAUUUCCGACUAUACAAUUCUGAACGUUCCGAUAUAAUUGGUCCAGCUCUCGUUCAUCAGCAGCACGCAUUACGCACCGUUAAUCUCGAAAAAGUAGAUUUCGAAAGUUCUGAACCGCUUAUCGAAUUAGCAUCGUGCAAAAACUUGACUACACUGCAAUUCAAAGAUUGUACGCAUGUGACCUCUGAACUAAUCGAACCCAUGAUUAAGGCAAAACUUUCUCACUUACGACACAUUGAUUUAUCGGGAAAUAACGAGUGUCAAGAGUUGCUUGAUUGGGCUAAAAAA